AUGCCGUGGUUCCAGAUAUUUCAGGAUGGCCAUGAGUACAAGGCUCGCAAGAAACGAGGCGUCUUCACGCCACCGAACCUGUCACUGAAGAGACUGCAUGACGCCGUUCCCCGUCAUCUGCUCGAGAGGUCAACCGCCAAGAGUCUCGCCUAUAUUUCUCGUCACAUUGCCCUCACUUAUGCCUUUUACUACCUCUCCACCUAUAUCGACGAUUUCACGUUCCAACUCUCUUCGCCUCGCUCCACCCCGAUCGUACAUCUUCUAAGGCGGGCUCUCUGGCUUCUUUACUGGGGCUGGCAAGGAAUAGCCUUUGCUGGGAUCUGGUGCUUCGCCCACGAGGCUGGACACAACGCACUGUCUCCUUAUGAAUCCGUCAAUUCCGCCCUAGGGAUGGCCUUGCAUACAUUUGUCCUUACACCAUAUCACUCCUGGAGGGUGUCCCAUAAUACCCACCACAAAUCGACAAACAACCUAGAACGGGAUGAGACCUACAUACCACCUACACGGAAGAGCUUUAAGCUCCCGGACGGCAAGAUUGCUGUUAGGAUGGACUACACGGAGGUCCUAGAAGAAACACCCGCGUUUACGCUUUUUAAGAUGCUUAUUCGUCAAUUUUUUGGCUUCCAACUUUAUCUAAUCCACAACCGAAAGGGAAAUCCCAAGUACCCACCUUGGACCAGCCAUUAUGACCCUUCAUCGAAGUUGUUUCUUCCGAAGCAUCGCACUCAGAUAAUCCUCUCAAACAUAGGAAUAGCUUCUAUGCUCGCUUUGUUAUUUACCUACGGAUAUAAGAGCGGGUGGAAUGCGUUCUGCUCCCAUUAUCUUCUUCCGUGGCUUUUUGCCCACAACUGGAUCGUCCUCUUCACCUAUCUGCAGCACAGCGACCCGACGAUACCAUAUUACCGAAAGGAGCAAUGGACCUUCGCUCGCGGAGCGCUCGCCACUGUUGAUCGUCCCUUGUUCGGUUGGGUCGGCCGUUUCUUUCUCCACAAUAUCAGCAGCGACCAUGUAGCGCAUCAUUUCUUCCCAAGCGUGCCUUUUUAUAAUCUCCCCGAAGUGACCAAAGCGAUUAAACCCGUCCUUGGGGAGUAUUACAACUUCGAUUCGACGCCUGCGAUAUACGCCCUUUGGCGCUCGUUCACACAGUGUGUAUUUGUGGAAGACGAAGGCGCCGUUCUGUUCUUCAAAAACCGGUACGGCGAGGCCUUAAUUGAACUGACGCCAGAAGGGUAA